AUGACCGCCCCGCUGGACUCAACCCUAUGUUUUCCCACUCCGAUUCGCCGGGAUGAAGGAAAAACGCUGGAGUUGGCCGUAUCGGGAAAUCGCAUUAUUGGAAACCAGGCGGUAUUCCGUGUCAAAAAUGCUCGACGACAGCGGCCGAAUAAAUCAUCGCAACAGCAAGCCGUCAAAUUUGCACAACCGACCUUCCAUUCCCGCCAACCCCACCAAAAGUCCAGGUCUGGCUGCUCCAAUUGCAAGAAACGAAGGAUUAAGUGCGAUAAAACCAAGCCGGGCUGCAGGAAAUGUGACUCCUAUGGCAUAACCUGUGACUACUCGUUGACAGUGCAAUCCCAGCAAAAGCCAAAGACUUACGCAGCAUUUUCAUUGUCAAUGACAGAACUUGCAGACAAAAUAGACUCGGCAUUGAGUCUUGCCCCUAAUAUUGACAAUGACCUCAAGAAUAUUGCGCCGAAGCCGGUUAAUCGCGAAUCUGUUGAAGCUUUCUAUCACUUUUUGAUCCUAUCCUCAGAAGACAAUGCUCUUAGCAACACCGGCAAAAAGGUAACUAACGGGGCUGUGUUGCGCAUUGCAUUUCAGAUUCCAUAUCUCAUGCAUGCGAUUCUGGGGUUGCUACCUCUAGCCGUAGGAGGCUACUACCCUGGAUAUCCUCGAUCAAAAUUGCUGAAAGCUACCAUUGGCAGCGUGCCAUCACAUAAUAUAAAAAGGAGCUAUCUACUUCGGUUGGAGCGUACAAUAUGGACGGUCUAA